CGCACACUGAAAGUGUCACCACUAGGCCGUGUGGCAAAAUAAAUAAAGAAACAAACAACCGUAAUGAAGCCAACAAAAGCACAAAAAUAUAAGAACAACUUGGACAAUCGCAGCAGAGACUGGGGAAAGGAAAAAUUCAAGCCCAGGAAGUAUGUUAGACCGGAAGUUCCGCCCGUGCCGCAGGCCACCGCAAAAGCCUGGCAGCAUGUGAAGAACGACAUCAUUGACGACUCGGAGGAUCGUGGUCACCAGGAUGUGGACAACGAGGACGCCAGGAAGUUCAUGCAGCAGCGGGAGCAGAACCACCGGCGCAAUAUCAUAGAGGCCAACCGAACGGCGGCCACCAAAUGGGAAUCCUUUGACGAGGAGCAGCCCUCCUCCACUUCUAAGAAGCAAGGAGUCGGGAGAAAAGAUGUGAGAAAAGGUGAAAAAGACUUUCUGUGGCAGUGUCGCAAGGGAGAAGUGCCCACAGCGGUUGAAAAGUUCACCAUAGCGGAGCGCAACUUUUACAAAAAUAGAAUCACGUUGAGCCUGAAGACAACCGAACGAGCGGGAAAACUCCACGAGGCCAUAAAAGAUUUGAGAAAUAAUAAAAACUGGAGACGUCGCACCGCAGGAAAUGAAGAGAAACCUUCGCAAAAAAAGGGACAGAAUGGAAAUAACCCCUUCAACAAGGAAAGGAACGAAUAAGAUCUUAGACUUAACUCCAUCUAAAACCUAGGCUGUACGUUUUACCAUUAAUGAAUGGCAACUAAAAACUAAGAUGUAUCUUCUUACGGAGUCAAAUAAAUCAAAGGUCCAUUGAAGAAUAUUAAAA